UAGAACGACUUCGUUGCGGUUUGGGUUUCUGCAUGAGAGAUCGGGAGGGGAAUGCGGGAGGAAAGAAAGAGCGCGAGCAACGGUGCGAUAGCCAGCGAUGAGUUUUCUCAAGGCUUAAAAUCUCUGAUUGAUUCCUUCCCCAACCCUGCAUUCCAGUUUCUCAAAAAUUUCGCUGGUAAUCCUCUUCCAGCCGAUCAUUCACACAGAGCUACGGAACCCUAGCUGUAACCCUAGCAUGUCUCUUGUUUCGGACCUGCACGUCCUCCGCAAUGUCUCUGACUCCGCAGGGUUCGUUGCCGUACGCGGGGAAUCCGAGGCGGAUGCCGUUGCUCCGCCUCAUUCAGCAGCUACCGCGAUUCCCUUACCCGAGCCAGCAGUUCUUCCUCUGAAUCGGCGAGAACACGCGCAAGACUCUGUUCCUUUUCUUGCCAGCAGCAAUGCCUCCCAUGGUCCCGCUUCCGAAAGGGAAAAUAGGCCUGUAUGGGGAAGGGCGCCGAAUGGAGCCAUUGAUACUGCUCCGCUAGUUUUGGGAGGCUCCUCUUCUUGGCCCGCUUUAUCGGAAUCUGCCAAAGCCUCUACCAGACCUUCAUUCGAUGAAUUGGCCCCCUCCCUGGGCUCUAACUCUCUUGGCGGUGGAAAUAAUGGCGAUGAUGUUGGAACCAGUGGUAGAUUUUCCAGUAAUGGUGAUCCCUCAUCAUCUUCUUCAACAUCAAGUUCAACGGAAUUAUCUCAGAACAUGACAGAUAAGUUGCCUGAUAAGGGCAAUAACAGCAAUUGGGACCAUCGUCCUCGUGAAUCCCAUGGCUGGGUGGAUCAAGGGGAUCGACGGAGGAGGCAUGGUGGCAGCAACCGAAGGGGAAGCUAUGGAGGCAGGCGUGAUGAGGACCGUGUUUUCCGUGAUUGGAGUUCUUAUAGGCCUCUGAGUGUUAGAGAUUCCCACUUGCAGCGAAAUCACCCGAGCCAUGCAAUCAUGCGACCUCAUAUGCCUGCUAUGGUGCCAUUGUAUGGCCCUCCUCCGCUUAUCCAACAUUUUCCUGGCCCCAUGGCCUACCCUGAUAUUCCACCUCCAAUGUAUUUUUUCCCAACUCACCCUCAUCCCGAACCUUUCGGAGGGUACCCAUUUGUUCCCAACCCAGCACCUCCUGCAAUACAAGAACCUAUGUUUUUUCCAUCUGCGGAACAAAAACGCACUUUGAUAUUGAAGCAAAUUGAGUAUUACUUCAGUUCAGAGAACUUGUGCAGUGAUUUAUUCCUGAGAUCGAACAUGGAUAACAAUGGGUGGGUUCCAAUCGAUUUGAUUGCUAAAUUCAAUAGAAUUAAGCUAUUAACAGAUAGCAUACCAUUUAUAUUGGAUGCAAUCAGGCCCUCAGAUGUUUUAGAAGUGGAGGGCAACAAAGUCAGAAAACGUGACGGAUGGCAGAUUUGGUUAUUUAACCCACGACAAAAUAAGGAUAACACGGAAUCUGAACCUAAUUCUCAGACUACCACAAAACAAGAUUCUCUUGUUUCUCAGAUGGAGAAUAUUGCGCUCAACGAAGGAAAUACUCGGACCAAUUGAAAUCUUUAUUUGAGUCAGGCGACUUUCGACUGUAGCCUUUAAGGUAACAAAAAAAAACUGUAUAGUUUUUUCCCCUUAUUAUUAUUAUUUGGAGUCCUUUUUGGGUGCUGCUGCUGCCUCCUCCUCCUCCUCUCAUGAUCAUUUGUGAACUAACUAACCCUCUCCAUCGUCUUUUGUCUUUCUUAUUUCUCUUUCUCGAGUUGCAGAAACUUCCAUUCUUUUGUGAGUAGCGGAGUCGGAGAAGUGAUUCACUAUCAUUCCUCCCUCGCUCUCUAAUCCUCCUACUUACAUUACUCGCCUCUUUUCUUCCUGAAGAACUUGCAUUAUAUUACUUAAAAUGUAUUUUUUUUUUUUU